GGAAGGAACCUGCCGCUCUCGCCUGUCCGAAGGGAUCGGGCGGAAAGCAUGAGAGCCAUGCUCCUCAUCCAUAAAACUUCCACCCGAAAGUCUGCUCCGCUUCGAUUUCCAGCCUCGCCGCCACCAGGGAACCGUCAGCAGCUGACAAAAUCUGCCAGGGAAUUGGUGUUUUGAAGACACUUACAGCUUUUAAUCCUUGUUCUCUUGGGAAUACAAACUUUUCUAAUCAUGCCACCAGCCAUGUGGAAAUGGACUUGCCUGGUUUCUCACCUCCUGCUCUCUGCCACAGUGUCAUCUCUUGCUAGGCAGCAGCCACCCCACCCAAAGAGGCCCUUCAUCACUUUCAGUGGAGACCAAGCAGAGGGAACCUUUAAUCACUUGGUGGUUGAUGAAAGAACUGGGCUUAUUUACUUGGGAGCUGUCAACAGGAUCUAUAAACUCUCCAGUGACUUGAAGGUCCUGGUGACCCAUCAGACUGGUCCUGAUGAAGAUAAUCCCAAGUGUUAUCCUCCUAGGAUAGUUCAAACCUGCAAUGAACCUUUGACUCCCACUAACAACAUCAACAAAAUGCUCCUCAUAGACUACAAGGAAAACCGACUGAUAGCCUGUGGGAGUCUUUACCAGGGCAUCUGUAAGCUUCUGAGGCUGGAUGAUCUCUUCAAACUGGGAGAGCCCUUCCACAAGAAGGAGCAUUACCUCUCUGGGGUGAACGAGAGUGGCUCUGUUUUUGGAGUCAUUGUUUCUUACAGUAACAUGGAUGACAAGUUGUUCAUUGCCACUGCCGUGGAUGGCAAGCCUGAGUAUUUCCCCACUAUUUCCAGCAGAAAGCUCACCAAAAACUCCGAGGCAGAUGGGAUGUUUGCAUACGUCUUCCAUGACGAGUUUGUGGCAUCUAUGAUCAAGAUCCCCUCGGAUACCUUCACCAUCAUCCCUGACUUUGAUAUCUACUACAUCUAUGGCUUCAGCAGUGGUAACUUUGUCUAUUUCUUAACUCUGCAACCUGAGAUGAUUUCACCACCUGGUUCUACCACGAAGGAGCAGGUUUACACCUCCAAGCUGGUUCGGCUGUGCAAGGAGGACACAGCCUUUAACUCCUACGUUGAGGUGCCCAUCGGCUGUGAGAAGAAUGGAGUGGAGUACCGGUUGCUUCAGGCAGCCUACUUGUCCAAGGCUGGAGCCAUCUUAGCGAGGUCUUUGGGUGUCAGCCCUGAGGACGAUAUUCUCUUCACAGUCUUCUCCAAAGGUCAGAAAAGGAAGAUGAAAUCCUUGGAUGAGUCUGCUCUUUGCAUCUUUGUCCUGAAAAAGAUCAACGACCGCAUCAAGGAGAGACUGCAAUCCUGCUACAGGGGUGAGGGGACGUUAGACUUGGCCUGGCUCAAAGUCAAGGACAUUCCCUGUAGCAGUGCGCUGUUGACAAUUGAUGACAAUUUCUGUGGCCUGGAUAUGAAUGCCCCCCUGGGAGUAUCGUCCAUGGUGCGGGGGCUCCCCAUUUUCACUGAAGAUGGAGACAGAAUGACAUCUGUGAUUGCCUAUGUCUACAAGAACCACUCCCUGGCCUUCGUGGGCACCAAGAGUGGGAAGCUCAAGAAGAUCCGUGUGGAUGGCCCCACCAAGAACACAAUGGAGUAUGAGAUUGUGCAGGUGGUGGAUUCUGGCCCCAUAUUACGGGAUAUGGCCUUUUCAGUGGAUCAUGAACACCUGUACAUCAUGUCUGAGAAGCAGCUCACCCGGGUACCAGUGGAGUCGUGUAGCCAGUAUGAGACCUGCAGUGAGUGCUUGGGCUCAGGUGACCCUCACUGCGGAUGGUGUGUGCUUCACAACAUGUGCACGAGGAAGGAGCGGUGUGAGCGCUCCAGCGAGCCUCGGAGAUUUGCCUCGGAGAUGAAGCAGUGUGUCCGGCUUACCGUGCAUCCCAACAACAUCUCUGUCUCCCAGUACAACGUACUGCUAGUCUUGGAGACCUACAAUGUCCCUGAGCUGUCAGCGGGAGUUAACUGCACCUUUGAGGACCUGUCAGAGAUGGAUGGCUUGGUGGUGGGCAGUCAGAUCCAGUGCAUCUCACCAGCUGCCAAAGAGGUGCCCCAGAUCAUCACAGAGAAUGGAGACCAUCACAUCGUCCAGCUCCAGCUUAAGUCCAAGGAAACGGGUAUGACUUUUGCCAGCACGAGCUUCGUCUUCUACAACUGCAGCGUCCACAACUCGUGCCUGUCAUGUGUAGAGAGCCCUUAUCGGUGCCACUGGUGCAAAUACCGCCACGUCUGCACUCACGAUCCCAGCUCCUGCUCCUUCCAGGAAGGACGAGUCAAGCUGCCAGAGGACUGUCCCCAGCUGCUGCAGGCAGAGAAGAUCCUGGUGCCAGUGGAAGUGGUCAAGCCAAUCACGCUGAAGGCCAAGAACCUGCCGCAGCCGCAGUCGGGCCAGCGAGGCUACGAAUGCAUCCUGAACAUCCAGGGUAACGAACAGCGGGUGCCUGCCUUGAGGUUCAACAGCUCCAGUGUGCAGUGCCAGAACACGUCGUAUUCGUAUGAAGGGAUGGAGAUUAACAGCCUGCCGGUGGAGCUGACGGUUGUAUGGAACGGGAAUUUCAACAUUGACAACCCAGCACAGAACAAAGUGCACCUGUACAAGUGUGGGGCCAUGCGUGACAGCUGUGGCCUGUGCCUGAAGGCCGACCCGGACUUCGAGUGCGGCUGGUGCGAGGGGCAGAACCAGUGCACGCUGAAGCAGCACUGCCCGGCCCAGGACAGCCAGUGGCUGGAGCUGUCCAGCACUAAGGGCAAAUGCACCAACCCCAAGAUCACCCAUAUCAGUCCAGUGACAGGUCCUCGGGAAGGAGGGACCAAAGUGACCAUCCGUGGGGAGAAUCUGGGGCUGGAGUUCAGAGAUAUCGCAUCUCAUGUCAAAGUGGCUGGAGUGGAGUGCAAACCGUUGGUGGAAGGGUACAUUCCAGCAGAGCAGAUAGUGUGUGAGAUGGGGGAGGCCAAGCCCAGCCAGCACGCUGGAUUUGUGGAGAUCUGCGUGUCCGAGUGUAAGCCGGAGUUCAUGGCCAGGUCGUCGCAGUUCUACUACUUCAUGACUCUGACGCUCUCAGAUCUCAAGCCAAAGCGAGGCCCGGUGUCAGGUGGCACUCAGGUGACAAUUACGGGCAACAACCUCAAUGCAGGCAGCAAUGUCAUCGUGACGUUUGGGCGACAACCCUGCCUUUUCUACAGGAGGUCCACCAAGCACAUUGUCUGUAAUACCACAGCUUCAGACGAAGGCUUUGAGAAAGUGAAGGUGUCUGUGAGAGUGGACAAGGCCAGGAUCCAUCAGGAGCUGCAGUAUGAAUAUGUGGAGGAUCCAACCAUCCUGAGGAUCGAGCCUGAGUGGAGCAUCUUCAGUGGCAACACACCUAUUGCAGUGUGGGGAACUCACCUAGACCUGAUCCAAAACCCUCAGAUCCGGGCAAAGCAUGGCGGGAAAGAACACAUCAACAACUGCGAGGUGCAGAACUCCACGGAGAUGACCUGCCAGGCUCCAGCAUUGGCUGUUGACCCCAAUCAUCAGUCUGAGCUAGCCGAGCGUCCAGAGGAGUUUGGCUUUAUUCUGGACAAUGUGCAGUCCUUGCUGAUCCUCAACAAAACCAACUUCACCUACUACCCAAACCCAGUCUUUGAGGUUUUCAAUCCCUCGGGGAUACUGGAGCUGAAGCCAGGAAGUCCUAUCAUACUGAAGGGCAAGAACUUGAUCCCACCAGUGGCAGGAGGGAAUGCCAAGCUGAACUACACUGUACUGGUUGGUGAGAAGCCCUGUGCGGUGACCGUAUCAGACGUGCAGCUGCUUUGUGAGUCUCCAAACCUCAUUGGACGGCACAAGGUGAUGGCUCGAGUAGGAGGAAUGGAGUUCUCUCCAGGGAUGGUCUACAUAUCUCCAGAUAGUCCUCUCAGCUUGCCAGCUAUUGUCAGCAUUGCUGUGGCUGGUGGCCUGCUCAUCAUCUUCAUUGUGGCUGUGCUGAUUGCAUACAAGCGCAAGUCCCGAGAGAGCGACCUGACCCUCAAGCGUCUGCAGAUGCAGAUGGACAACCUGGAGUCCAGGGUUGCGCUGGAGUGCAAAGAAGCUUUUGCAGAGCUGCAGACAGAUAUUCAUGAGCUGACAAGUGACCUAGAUGGAGCCGGGAUCCCGUUCCUUGAUUAUCGAACCUAUACCAUGAGGGUGCUUUUCCCUGGUAUUGAAGACCACCCAGUCCUGAGGGAUCUGGAGGUCCCUGGCUAUCGCCAGGAGCGGGUAGAGAAAGGCCUGAAGCUCUUUGCCCAGCUCAUCAACAACAAGGUUUUCCUGCUCUCCUUCAUCCGCACGCUGGAGUCCCAGCGCAGCUUCUCCAUGAGGGACCGCGGCAACGUGGCCUCGCUCAUCAUGACCGUGCUGCAGAGCAAGCUCGAGUAUGCUACUGAUGUCCUCAAGCAGCUCUUGGCUGACCUCAUUGACAAAAAUCUGGAGAGCAAGAAUCACCCCAAACUGCUGCUCCGGAGGACAGAGUCCGUAGCAGAGAAAAUGCUCACCAACUGGUUCACCUUCCUUCUGUACAAGUUCCUCAAGGAGUGUGCUGGUGAACCUCUCUUCUCCCUCUUCUGUGCCAUCAAGCAGCAGAUGGAAAAGGGUCCCAUUGAUUCUAUCACUGGAGAAGCCCGAUACUCGCUGAGUGAAGACAAGCUUAUCCGACAGCAAAUUGAUUACAAGACAUUGGUCCUGAGCUGCAUCAACCCUGACAACGUGAACAGCCCUGAGAUCCCGGUGAAGAUCCUGAAUUGUGACACCAUCACUCAGGUCAAAGAGAAGAUCCUGGACGCCAUCUUCAAGAACGUGCCCUGCUCCCACCGGCCCAAAGCUGUUGAUAUGGACCUGGAGUGGAGGCAGGCAAGUGGGGCAAGGAUGAUCCUCCAGGAUGAAGACAUCACAACCAAGAUAGAGAAUGACUGGAAGAGACUCAACACAUUGGCACACUAUCAGGUGCCAGAUGGAUCUGUGGUAGCUUUAGUCUCCAAGCAAGUCACUGCCUACAAUGCAGUCAACAACUCCACGGUCUCCCGGACCUCAGCCAGCAAAUAUGAAAACAUGAUCCGUUAUACAGGCAGCCCAGACAGCCUCCGUUCUCGCACACCCAUGAUCACCCCCGACCUUGAGAGCGGAGUCAAGAUGUGGCACCUGGUGAAGAACCAUGAGCAUGGAGACCAAAAAGAGGGUGACCGAGGCAGCAAGAUGGUUUCUGAGAUCUACCUGACAAGGCUCCUUGCCACCAAGGGCACUCUGCAGAAGUUUGUAGAUGACCUCUUUGAAACCAUCUUCAGCACUGCUCACCGUGGCAGUGCCCUCCCCCUGGCUAUCAAAUACAUGUUCGACUUCCUGGAUGAGCAGGCUGACAAGCACAACAUCCAUGACCCUCACGUGCGGCACACCUGGAAGAGCAACUGCUUGCCAUUACGGUUCUGGGUUAACAUGAUCAAGAACCCACAGUUCGUCUUUGACAUCCACAAGAACAGCAUCACGGAUGCCUGCCUCUCUGUAGUGGCUCAGACCUUCAUGGACUCCUGUUCAACCUCAGAGCACCGCCUGGGCAAAGACUCACCCUCCAACAAGCUCCUCUAUGCCAAGGACAUCCCCAGCUACAAGAACUGGGUGGAAAGGUACUACUCAGACAUCGCCAAAAUGCCAGCAAUUAGUGACCAGGACAUGAACGCUUACUUGGCUGAGCAGUCUCGCAUGCACAUGAACGAGUUCAACACUAUGAGUGCGCUCUCAGAGAUAUACUCCUACGUUGGCAAGUACAGUGAGGAGAUUCUCGGAGCUCUUGAUCAAGAUGACCAGGCUGGGAAACAGAAACUUGCCUACAAACUUGAACAAGUCAUAACCCUCAUGAGCAUAGACAGCUGAGAACUGUCCUGCCAGGGACACCCUGGGAGGGAUAAACCAAGUCGUGCCUCACUCAAGAUCAUCAUCUUUACCAAGUGCAAGUUUUGAUUGGCUGGAAGCAGUCACUGAACAGCUCUCGCUCUUCUCUUUCUCUCUCUCUCAUUUCUUUCUCUUUCAAAAAUCUAUGGACAAAGCGACAAAGCCCCGGGGGUGAAAAGGAAAAGACUGCAGAGGAAUCUUGGCUUUGGGGACAUCAAGACAUUCAGGUGAAGCUCUUCUUUUUACAGCUUCCCCUCUGCCCUUGAUCUGAAGAAAAACUAUUAAAACAAACAAAAACCUUCCCCAACAUUGUAUCAUCAGUCUGCAGAUAGGAAAUUGGGAGGUCACCUCUGUCAUGCUGCUUUAACUGUCCUCCUAGAGCUGUAGCCUGUGGAGUGGACACGGAUAUGAACUCAGUAUUAUUAAAAUUCCCACUGAGGGGAAUGCAGCCUGCCUGCAGGGAUCCUGGAUGGUAGGAGCGAACCGAGAUCCUCUCCAGCGGAGCCAUUGCAACUCUAUCUCUUGGUAGCAACUCACUGGGAGAGGAAUUCAAGCCUCCCCAAAAAACACCACAGCUCAGUUCAGAGUGGGACCAUUGUGGCUCUUUUCUGCCUGGGCAAACAGCAACGUAGAGCUGCUCUCUUGGGGCAGGGGAAGGGUCAAGAGGGGAGGAGGAGACCGACGCUCCCCUGCCCACAUAUUUCAUAUGGUUAUUCUUAUUUUUCAAAGCAACCUGUGUCCCCCCUUCCAUCUUUCCCAUUGUGUCCUGUUGGUUGUAGCGCUGCAAAAAAAAUUCUCUUUCUGCUCAGUGGCAUCCUGUUGGUGGUGAUUCUGUUCCUUCUGGCAACGGACAGUGCAGCGUCUCCCUCAUCUCCACCGCAGCUUGGAAAGCAAAAGACACGAGUCUCAAAUUGUUCCAGAUGAGGUGCUUGGCCUCAAAAACCAACCAGAGGGAUUUUUUUUUAAGUUGUUUGUUCUUUCCAUUUUGUUUCCUGAACUGGAAUAAUACUAGUGUUUUUUCGUGGUGGAAUAUCAGAAGCAUAGUGAAGGGCUUGUUAUGAAGCAAAGUGAUGUAUAGGACUGAUUGCAGAAGCUUCCUCCAAAGCCACUGCUGAAAGGAAAAGUCAGACAUUUUGGAAGGAAAUCUGGGAGGAAACACAAAUGAAACACUACAAAACAUCCCUCUAUUCAGAUACUCCCAAUUGAACCACGUGUUUUCCCGAGGUCCCUGAACCACUAUCCCCUUGUCUACCUUCUGGUGCCAACUUCUGGACCUUCCCCUUAUCCAUUUCUGGAACCAACAGGCCCUGCUGAAGGCGCAGCAGGUGCCUGGGAAGGAUUUGCCCUCUCUUUGCACUUCAGAGAUCGCUGUUGUCACAAAACAGAGGUGGGUGAUUACCUCUUCUUUCCUCUGCUCAACUCCUCCAGAGCAACUCCACCUCAAGCAAUCUGCAUCAUAGCUAACUGAAUAGGAGUGAGCUCCCGCCUCUGUUCUGCAUUCGAUUGUUUUUUCAUCCAGUUGCCAACGUGGAUGUCAGUGUGGUUCAGUGUCAUGGAAGUAGCAGCCUUGCACCUAGUACAACACUGAGGCAAGAGCCAGGUGUGCUUUCAUCUCACCAGAAAUGAACAGUGCUCACUAGCAGAUGCAGGAAUGGAUUGAUGCUGUGAAGAAUCAUCCUUCGUCUGUCUUGCGCCGUCCUCGGGGGGACAGCCAGGAUCUGCUUUGCAGCUGGAGGAAGGAGGGGUAUAGAUAGGGUGUGUAAAUUGAUUAUGGAGUGAGUGUUUUGGUUUUACUCAUGCAUCUUGCUAGCAAACCCGAACCGCUGCACAGCAGCUGAUCGCUAGUGGAUGUGAUGGGGCACGUGGUGCAAACAGGAGUCGGUUAGGAAGUGGAUUUCAUUCAGCCAAGCACAUAAACAUGUAGGCAGGUCUUUGUAAAACCACUUAACGAAAAACAGUCCAAAAUUGGGUGUUGGCAGGGGAGAAUAUCACAAGAUUCAUAUUGAAACAGCAAAUUAGGGACACGUCUUGGUUUUAAAACCCCAGACAUUUCUCUCUCGAUUAUAAUUAUUAUUAUUUUGUGUGUGCGUGUGCGUGUGUGUGCAUAUCUGUGUGCGUGUGUGUCAUUUUCUUUUUAAUUUUGCUUGCUUUCUGUUUGAUUGCUGAGCUAUGGACUUAUCUUGCACCUUAUGGACAUCUCAGCAUUUUUGAGAGGCCUGUGCACUGGGGCUGAUUUGGGUUCGGUUGGUUCUGCCACGGUUUUGUUGAUCCAUUUAGUAGUGUUGGCGCAUGUUCCAGAUCCAUUGAUUAUGGCUGUGAAAGUGGGGUGGAAGUCCCACCAGAGCCAGCGAUAAGAAAAUUACAACAACAACACAAACACAAUAUUUUUAUAAGUACAUAAAAGGAAAAUAAAAAAA